UAGAUUCAGGGUUGUAUGACGAUGGAUAUUUGACUGAUUUGGAAUUUGACAUGGAAGCUGUGAACCCAAUCCAAAGAGGAUCACGCUCGGUUCAGGAAGUCUCAAGCACAGUGAGGAGGCUUUGCGCUCAUUCGGCAGACCAGCAACAGCAAUCAGAUCUUUUUCUGAGUCUGGCCCUCCAGUUGAGAACAUUGACACUCCAGCAGCUGAAUGAUGUCUGGCAAGAGGUCUCCUUUAAAUGCCUUGAUGACUGGCAGCCUUUGCUAGAGGCACUACCAGCGUGUGGCUCUGAAGAAUGCAUCCAGUUCACAACAAACCUCAUCCUCAACAAGGAGAUUGGUCAGGAUCAUAUAAUCUCCUUCCUUAGUACCGUCACAUUUGCUUCCCAUCCCACACCAUCAAUGAUCAGCCAUAUCAGUUCUCUGUUGACAUUUCCUCCGAUUCGUCCGAAGACUAUACUCGCUGUUUCUUCACUUGUCCACCGCCUCUGCCGGAGGGAACGUACUCCAUGUAGUCAGAUCCCUGAGGUCCAACAGCUUGUGCGGGUUCUGAAGGAGGAUCUAGGAGAGAGCUGUGGAUGGCAAGAACCCUUACCAAUUACAGAGCUGCUGCAUGUUUUGAAAGCAGUGGAGAACAUCGGUCUGCCUGAAUUCAUUCCUCAAUUGAAAAUUUGUAUUCACAACCACUCAGCACCUGUAGAGCUUCGAUUAGCUGCUGUACAAGCCUUCAGACACAUUCCCUGCCAUAGAAAGGUAUGUAUCUCUAUAGACCUUGUUUUGAACAGGCCUAGCUUUUUUUGUUUUUGUCUAGCAACUUUCUUCCAGUUUGGUCAUUUUGCCAAUUCCCAACCCCAAACUACCAACCAGGGAGUGGAAAGGCUAGGACUUGUUUCCUCAACAUAUGAAGCCACCACAACUUUUUUUGAACUGCUGCUCAUGCUGCGUCACAUUGCAGCUAAACACACUAGGAGGAAAAUGCUAAGUGCCCUCUUCUACGUACACUGGUCAGCGUCACAUUGA